CAUUUCUUCUCUCUUGAGCGUUCGAUCAAUGGCUGCAGCUGGUAGCGGCAGUUUCCAGGACGGACGUAUUGCCUCGAAGCGUCUCAUGAUGCUCGUGGCCCUACUUCUCGUCUCCUGCUGUCUCGGCCAUGGCUUCGGCGAUGAGGAUCAUGUCGAGGUGGAGGGAGUCGGCAGCAGUUGCAUGGAAAGCGAGAGGAGAGCUCUCCUCGCCAUCAAAUCCGAUAUGUACGACCCCGGCGACAGGUUUUCUUCUUGGACCGGCAAAGACUGCUGUGGGUGGAGAGGUGUGGCCUGCGACCACACCACCGGCCAUGUCACCAAGCUCGACCUCCACUACUCCUACACAUACGAUUUGUGGGAUAUCUCAGACAUUAUGGAAACAAUGGGUGGGAGCAAGGUAAAUCCUUCUUUGCAAGAACUGAAGCAUUUGAAGUAUUUGGAUUUGAGCAUGAAUAACUUCUCCCACGCCCCUGUGCCCAAAAUGAUCGCUUCACUAGUCCACUUGGAAUAUCUCAACCUAUCUUAUGCCAUGUUCGAUGGACCAAUUCCACCUCAGCUGGGGAACCUCUCAAACCUACACUAUCUCGACCUUCACCGAUGGUAUGAUGAUGAUUUUCUACAUGUUCAUGAUCUCGAUUGGCUCUCCCGUAUUCCUUCUCUAAAAUAUCUUGAUAUGAGUUUUGUCAACCUCUCCAAUGCAACCAAUUGGUUCUACAUAAUUAAUUCCAUUCCCGCACUUGAAGUGUUGCGUUUGAGCGAUGCAGACCUGCCAUGUGUUCCAUCUCUUUUGCCCCCUUUUAAUCUGACAAUCAUCGCCACGUUGGAUCUGUCUUGGAAUUCCAACAUCACGUCUGCCAUGCUAAGAUGGCUUUCUAACGCCACCAGCCUCGAGUACCUCCUUCUUUCUGGCUGUGGGAGUCUCACUAUCGAGUCGGUACAAGUUGCUCUAGGAGCUCUCAGUAAUCUGAAGGAGUUGGAUUUGUCAUUCAACUUCCUUAAAGGAGAAAUUCGUGAAAUUCUGAACAAUGUCAGUAGCAGCAGUGGCCUGAAGCACUUGGAUUUGAGAUCGAAUCAAUUAUCUGGAGAUAUUCCUCCAGGGAGCCUUAGAGACCUGGAGUACCUGGACUUAUCAUGGAAUUCUAUUGUCAACUUACAUAUAUUUGCUUCUCUGGGGAAUCUCACAAACUUGCGGCAUUUAGGGUUGUCGGCCAAUUCAAUCAGCGGAGAAAUUCCACAAACCGUAGGAAAUUUUGUCCGAUUGGAGUACCUAGAUUUGAGAUGGAAUCAAUUAUCUGGAGAUAUUCCUCCAGGGAGCCUUAGAGACCUGGAGUACCUGGACUUAUCAUGGAAUUCUAUUGUCACUCUUCAUAUCUUAGCUUCUCUAGGGAAUCUCACAAACUUGCGACAUUUAGACUUGGGGUACAAUUUGAUCAGCGGAGAAAUUCCACCGACCGUGGGAGAUUCUGUCCGAUUGGAGUACCUAGAUUUGUCCAAUAAUGGCAUCAACGGAAAAAUACCACAGGCCAUCGGCAACCUCAGUAACCUAUUGGAAUUACAUUUAUCAGGCAACAAAAUUGUGGGAUGGAUACCACCGAGCAUCGGCAACCUCACCAACUUGGUAUACUUAGAUUUAUCAGUCAACAAAAUUGUGGGAUGGAUACCACCGAGCAUCGGCAACCUCACCAACUUGGUAUACUUAGAUUUAUCAUACAACAAUAUUGUCGGUUGGAUACCACCGAGCAUCGGCAACCUCACCAACUUGGUAACGUUAGAUUUAUCAAGGAAUAAUAUUGUCGGUUGGAUACCACCGAGCAUCGGCAACCUCACCAACUUGGUACACUUAGAUUUAUCAAUGAAUAAUAUUAGCGGAUACAUUCCAGAGACUUUGGGUACUCUCAUCCAUAUGGAGGAAUUAUUUUUAAGCAAUAACCAUAUUUCUGGGCAGAUACCAAAGAAGAUCGGUAAACUCCACUACUUGCAAAACUUGGACAUAUCAUAUAACAACUUAUCAGGUCAGAUACCAACUAUGUUGGGUGACCAAUGCAAUUUGACCGUGUUAGAUUUGUCUCACAAUAACAUUGGUGGAGAGCUUACAAAUCUAUUCUAUGGUUUGUCUACUUGUUCACAAGGAGCAUCUAUAUCAUUCUUAGUCCUGAAGGGUAACAAUUUAACCGGGAUUAUUCCUUCGAGCAUGGGCCAAUUAUCUCAGUUACAUAAGGUAGACCUCUCCUCAAACUCGCUGGCAGGCAACAUCACCGAGGCACACUUCUUAAAUCUUACAAGCUUAUCAGAAUUGAUAAUCGCUUCCAACUCCUUGAAUGUGAUGCUACCAAAUGAUUGGCGACCCCCUUUUAGUGCCAUCACUAUCGAUAUGAGCUUUUGUCAUCUCAGAGGAAAAUUUCCUGAAUGGUUUCAGACUCAACAACAAUUGCAAUGGCUUUAUCUAUCCGGAGUUGGAGUCUCAGGCAGCCUCCCUAUUUGGUUUUCAAAUUUCUCAAAAGGUUUGGAAAUUCUUAACUUGAGCUCCAACUUUUUGACUGGUCAAUUACCUUCUCCUCCCCAAUUCAUAUUGGAUCUCUCCAACAACUCAUUUGUCGGACCUAUUCCAUCGAGCUUCGAAGGUGCAAGUCUCACUUUGUUAUCUUUGUCUCAUAAUCAUAUCAAUGGUGAUUUUCCUCCCUUCUUUUGUAAUAUGCACUCACUUGAAAUUCUCGACCUAUCUAACAAUUACUUAAUUGGAAAAAUCCCGAAUUGUCAUAACUCAUUUCCAAUCUAUCUACGAUCUUUGCAUUUGAAUAAUAACAACCUUUCCGGAACGAUUCCUUCAUUUUUGAAACACUGUAACAAAUUAAUUACCGUUGAUUUAGGUGAAAAUAAAUUAUUUAGUAAAAUUCCCACAUGGAUAGGAAGAAACCACUCGUCAUUGAAGGUUCUUCGUCUGAGGUCAAACUUAUUAUAUGGUACUAUCCCUGAGAACAUAGUGGAUCUCACUUCUCUUCAGGUUUUGGAUCUUUCUUCCAACAAUUUAUUUGGUAGCCUACCAUCAUCUCUAGGAAAUUUCAAUGCCAUGGUUGAGGUACAAAAUGAUACCAGGCCAUUGCUCCAAGAUAACAACUAUACUUAUAUCGAGAGCAGCUUAUUAACAACGAAAGGAUCAAUGGUCGAUUACACAACCAUUCUCUCGCUGGUGACAAGUAUAGACUUGUCAAAUAAUCAUCUCUCUGGUGAAAUCCCAAAAGAACUGACCAAGCUUCUCGGAUUGCGCUUCCUAAACUUGUCCAACAAUCAUUUGACGGGGAGGAUUCCAGAAAAGAUGGGUGACAUGAAACAGCUUGAAUCACUUGACUUAUCGGUGAACAAUCUCACAGGGGAGAUACCUUCAAGCUUUUCUGCUAUGAGUUUUCUGGCCCGUUUGAAUCUGUCUUAUAACAAUUUAUCAGGAAAAAUACCCACGAGUGGUCAAUUGUCGACCUUUGGCUCAUGGUCAUAUGUGGGUAACAAAGACCUUUGCGGUACGCCACUGCCAGAUUGCCCUGUUUAUCAAACUCCACCUGAUGCCAGAGUUAAAGAUGAUGAGAAGCUCGACAAAUUAUUGGAGUACACCAGUAUUGUGGUUGGAUUUGUGGUUGGCUUUUGGCUGUUUAUUGGCACGCUCAUCAUGAAGCAGGCCAUCAGAUUCGCUUUCUUCCGAUGGAUCGACAAGGCCAACGACUGGAUCUAUGUCCAGUUUGCAGUAAAGCUUGCGAAGCUCAAAUCCAAAUGGCAAACAACGACAUGAACUGCCGGACUCGCAGAACUUUGUUUUAGGUGUUACCAGAAUGCUUUAUAUAAGUUCCCGAUUUGCUGCUAUUUUGGGGUUUCUAUAAUAAAAAGCAGAUUGCCGCCAGUUCAGCUGAUGCAGGAGUCAAACUAGAAGAAGAUGUUGAUGAUGAUAUGCUUGAAACAAUAAUAUUAGAUGUUACUAGCGUUGUCGUGGGAUUCAUAGUUGUUUCUGGGUUUCUAUCGGCGUAGUGAUCAUGAAGCAAGGAUUGAGGAUUACUCUCUUCCAACAAAUCGACAACAUCUAUGGCUGGAUGGAGAUAUGUGCAGCUGAAAGCUGAAGCCCAAAAUAAUGACGAAGAAUCAAUUGAACUGUGGCAAAGUGCUAAGAUUGUCUAUGUAGACUUCAUGUAUUUGUGUUCUAGUGUUUUGAUUUAUGCAUGACCAUUUGGUGUUGUCCAGAAAUAAGGUUAUUGUUUAAAGAUAACAUCUGAGAAAUGGCAUCAGGAUUGCUCUGUUCCAGUUGAUCGACAGGACUUGUGAUUGGAUCUAUGUGCAGGUGGCAGUAAAGCUCAAGGAACCAAAGUGCAAAUGGCGAAGAAUGACUUGAAGAAUCACUAAGCAACUCAAGCUCAUGUCAUCCUCUUCAUGUUAUGCUGUAUUUAUGUUUCAUGUAACUGUUGCAGUCUCUUUAGAGUCUUAAAUCUAUUGGCAACUUGCUGCUGGUUUUUAGUGCA